UCAUCAAUGAAAUGAACCAAGAAUUGAAUACCACCGGUCCUUUUAUAAUUAUUUCGCAAAACAAUAACGCGACUGUUAAUUUGAACGGAGCUUUGGAUUAUGACACUCAAAAUUCAUAUCGAUUGAAUAUAGCUGUGCGUGAUGCAAAAGUAGCCAACAGUCAAGUGACAAGAUAUCUCAACGUGUUCGUCACGCCAUUCUACACAAGAAAUCCCCAGUUCGCUUUUGAUUCGAACAAUUGCACAGUGAAGCUCAAUGAAACAUUUGUCGUUUCAAAUGACAGUAAAAAUCAGGUGAUUUACACUUUCAAAGCCAAACCCAAUCACAAAGAUGCAGCUAUAAACUAUUACUUGGAUUCAUCCGAUGACAAAACAAACAAGGUUUUCCAACUUAACAAAACAACGGGAGAAUUGAUAAUAAUUGACAACAACAUCGCUUCGAUAACUAGGAAAACUUAUGGGUUUGUAGUGAAAGCCCAAUAUAUGAAUGUUGUACUUCAAAAUGGUCAACAGGAAUUUUUGUGUGCAUUAAAUAAUUCGGAUCAGUCCAAAAUAAGUGUGACUUUUACUUUAAAUUCUCCUCCUCCAGUUCAGUUCACUUCUAAUACUUUACCAAUUUGCAUUCCCACAACGGCCGAGAAAGGUUCUACGAUUGACAAUCUCCGAAAAUACGCAACUGAUCAAAAUAAAAAAGACGAUAUAAUGUUCAAGGCUGAUGACACAAAUCCAGCUCAAAAUAACAGAAAUCUCAAAAUAAUGGAAAAUGGAGACUUGGUUCUAUCAACUAAUCCAGCCAACAUUAUUGGUUUCACCCAGUUGAAUGUCAAAUCAUAUUAUAAGCAAAAUCCUGAGAGCGAAACUCUGUUGACCUUAAUGGGCUACAUUGUCAACCAAACUACAGAUUUAACUUUAAUUACUUUGAAUAAAAAGAUUCAAGAAUUUGAAACGAAAAAUUACAAAAAUGUGCUAAUAAGUCAAUUGAGAAAUUUCACAAAUAAUGGGUAUGUAUGUUUAGCCAGUACAGACCCACAUAUACUACUUACUGGAGGAUUCAACGAUAAAUGGACCGAUGUAUAUUUAUACGUUAUUGACGCAGUAUCAAAUCGGCCUGUGACUCCAUUGGAACUUGAUAAAAAAUUUAAUACCGUAGAUGCUAGAAAAGACGCCAAUGUCAUCGGAAUAACUGGAGCUAAUACUCGAUGGG